UUGUGCGGUGGGAACCAAAUGAGAGGCCCUGGAGACGAGGUUGGCUUAUAGGAAACGAUUCGCGCUUGUGUUCUGAGCAAUUCGUGGGGUUAGGGAAAGAUGAAAUACUGUAGCACUCGAGGAAAGGUGCAGGCUGAAUCAUUUGAGGAUGUGCUAUUCAGUGGCUUUACUAGUGAUGGUGGAUUAUACAUGCCUGAGAGAAUUCCAGUUGUGGAUGAAUGCACACUGCAAAAAUGGAAGAGUCUCUCAUAUAUGGAGCUUGUGAGUGAAGUGACUUCUUUGUUUAUCCCUCCAGAAGAAAUACCACCGGAGGAAUUAAAAGAUCUCAUUACCAACGCAUAUGCUGAAUUUCAACACAAGGAAAUUGUGUCCCUGGCAGCGGUGAACAACUUCCAUGUGUUAGAAUUGUUUCAUGGAAAGACAUUGGCAUUUAAAGAUUUUUCUCUGGCAUGUGUUGGGACAUUCAUGGAUUACUUUCUGAACAAGAGAAGGAAACAUGUUAUUACUGUAGUGUCAACUUCUGGUGACACAGGGAGUGCUGCCAUUGAAAGUGUAAGGAAAUCAAAGUGGGUUGAUAUCAUAGUAAUGUAUCCUGAAGGACGCUGCAGCCAGAUUCAGGAACUUCAAAUGACAACAAUUCUUGAUGAGAAUGUACAUGUCAUCCGAGGAGAAGGUUCAUCAGAUGACUUAGAUGUGCCAAUGAAAAAGUGUUUUUCGGAUGAUGCAUUUGCAAAAUCAAAUAAUCUUUGUGUAGUAAACUCGAUCAACUGGUGUCGCAUAAUGGUACAAACAGUACAUCUUCUAUAUGCUUACUUGAGAGUUUGUUGCAAUGUUGGAGACACAGUGAAGUUUGUAAUACCAUCAGGAGGACUUGGACAUUGCACAGCUGCCAUGUGUCUGUAUAAAAUGGGUGUUCCUCUGCAAGUGGUGUGUGCAGUCAAUGAGAACGACAUUGUGCAUAGGACCCUAUCAUUGGGUGACUUCAGUCCCAGCGGAGAUGUGAGGCAUACAUGGUCAUGUUCAAUGGAUAUUGAGAUUCCUUAUAACAUGGAACGUCUACUGUUGCUCUUUUCUGACAUGAAUUAUGGUCGUGUUGAUUCACUGAUGAGAGACUUUGAACAGAAUAAGUCACUGAUUAUACCUGAAGAUUUAAAAGGAGAGAUGUGUAAGGUCCUCUCUUCUGCCUCUAUGUCAUGUGACCAAACACUUAAAACAAUGAAGGAAUGCUGGGAUGAGAACAAGUACCUUCUUUGCCCACAUACAGCUGUUGGUGUCAAAGUGGUCUGGGACCAAAGACAUGCCAGUGAUCUUAAGACACCCAUCAUAUGCGUAGCCACAGCAAGUCCCGCCAAAUUCCCGGAGGCCGUCAGGGCUGCUGGUAUUGAAAUGCCGCCGUACCCGCAGUUGGCCGAGCUAUUCACCAGUCCCACAAGGUACACGGAAAUGAAGAAAGGAGAGGACUGGUAUCAAAUAUUGAGAGACAUGAUAAAAGAUAUCUCCCGUAAUAAACAUCACAACGAAAACAAUGGCACAGAAAAUGGGAGUGAAGUCAGGUAGAAAAAAACCGACUGAGAUUGGAAUUUUUGAUCA